CAUUUUGUCAAUUGUCACUAGGCGAAGACGCCAUUGUUUGUUUGUACUUUUGAGCGUCCUAUUUUUCUUAUAUUUAUCCAUUUUCAUCUUGUAGAACAAAUAUUUUUACAUUGAUUUCUACGCGAAUAGCUUAAAGUCAGAAUACAAUAUGUCUAUCGGAGUGCCUAUUAAAGUACUUCACGAAGCUGAAGGCCAUGUAGUGACCUGUGAAACAAAUACCGGUGAAGUGUACCGAGGAAAGUUAAUAGAAGCUGAAGAUAAUAUGAAUUGCCAAAUGACCAGCGUCACUGUAACUUAUCGCGACGGACGUGUAGGUCAACUGGAAAAUGUUUACAUUAGAGGCUCAAAAAUUCGUUUUCUAAUAUUACCAGAUAUGUUAAAAAAUGCUCCUAUGUUUAAACGACAAGGGAAUAAACCGACUGCAGGUCGUGGGAAGAGUGCCAUAUUACGAGCACAAGCUGCUGGUCGAGGCCGAGGGGGGGGAAGAGGUGCAGCAGGCCAUCGUGGUGGGUGGCAGGGUGGCUCAGGACCUUCACGACGUUAGGCUGUACUUGAUAAAUGUGAUCUAGCCACUAAGUCACUAGUGUAAGAUUUACAUUCAUUUGCUGAGUUUUGCAUAUUUAAUGUAAUACAAAAUUCUGGUAUUUUACUAAGUUUAGUUUAAAUAUAAAGUAUCAUUCAAGUUGAAAGUAUGAUUAUUAUUAUUUUAUUAGUUAUAAUGUACAGUCUAAAUCUGUUAAAUGACAUUUAAGAGACUAUUCAUAUUUGGUCAUAAAAAUGAAUGUGUUAACAGCCAAUGACUUUUUUAUUAAGAACCUAAUACAGUAGGAUUAAGCCGGGACUAUUGAUUUUGGUUAAUUAAUCAGUAUGUUAAUAAUGAUAGUGUUGUAGGCGGUUUUGACUGUAUAUAUGAAUUUUCCCCUGUAUCUACAGUUGAGUAAAUCUGUUAAUAUAAUGAGUUUAAUUC